AUGGGAAGCUCCUCUCUUACAUGCCUGUUUCUCGGGUCCUGUUUGUGCUGGUCUCUGUGCGUUGUGAGUGCAAAUGGCGUGUGGACGUCAGACUUUAGUGCUAGGCUAGACGUGUUGGACGAAAGCUUGAAGAGAAAAGAAGCAAACUUGCUCGAAACCAAACGGAACCUGACCUUGAUGCUCGAGAUCGACAAACGCGCCAACCAGCGGUACGUGAGGCGAGCAGCCAUCGACGUCGGGUCAGCAGCCUGCAAGCUUCAAGUGGCGGAGGUCGACAUGAUGUCCGAAGACUACCCGAUCAUAGUCAAGGUGAUGCAUGAGGAGAAGGUGAAUCUGCUGCUGGGUGAAGACCUAGAGAGGUCAGCCACCGACAAGUUUAGCGACAAGAUCUUGCAAGAACUCAAGCACGUGCUCGUUGACUUCAAGAACGUGGCGAGCCAGCAAGGGGCUGAGGAGAUCGCAGGGGUAGCCACCGCAGCCUUCCGCAGGGCCAAGAACGGGUACAGCUUCCUCGCAGAGGUGUCGAAGGAGCUGGAGAUGAAGCUCAAGGUCGUGGAUGCGAUUUCCAGCCAGUUCGGGGAUAAGUUUGAGAUGUGGCACUGUCCUGUUGGCUCUGCCCUCGCCACCUCGACGCUCAUCACUCAGGUUGAGGAGGAGGAAGAGGAUACCGAUCCUGAGGGUGGCAACAGAUACAAGGUCCCUUACCAAGUCGCUCCUGGGAAUGAUUGGCUCCCCUCCUUUAUGGCUGCAACUUAA